AUGGGUCACUGAGAGGACGGACUCAUGAUGGCCUUGGCAUUGGACGCCGCGUGGCUGAGGGUGAAGAACGUCUGCAGACAAAAUGGCCUCCUCAUCAUGUCCGUGCUGGCCGUGGUCAUUGGGUGUCUCUUAGGGUUCUUCCUGAGGACCCGGCGUCUCACCGAGCAGGAGGUGAAGUAUUUCCAGUUUCCUGGGGAGCUGUUGAUGAGGAUGCUGAAGAUGCUGAUUCUCCCCCUCGUUGUGUCCAGUCUGAUGUCAGGACUGGCUGCCCUCGACGCAAAGUGUUCCAGUCGCCUGGGUCUGAUCACCGUGUCGUAUUACCUGUGGACCACGUUCGUGGCUGUGAUCGUGGGGAUCAUCAUGGUCUCCAUCAUCCACCCGGGUGGUGCGGCCCAGAAGGAGGACUCUGAGGACAGUGGAAAGCCCAUCAUGAGUUCUGCCGACGCUCUGCUGGACCUCAUACGAAACAUGUUCCCGUCUAAUCUGGUCCAGGCUGCCUUUCAGCAGUAUCGGACGAGCAGUGAGUACAUCGUCAAACCAAAGUCGACCGUGAGUGAGACGCCGUCAGAGUCUACCACGCGGCGAGCGCUCAUCUACGGCAUCCGGGGCGACAACGGAACCGACGUCCAGAACUUUGCCCUCGACUUGACUCCGCCCCCUGAUGUUCUCAUACGCACUCGAGACGGGACAAGUGACGGAAUGAACGUCCUUGGGAUCGUUAUCUUUUCAGCCACCAUGGGUAUAAUGUUGGGGAGGAUGGGGCCAAAUGGAAGCGCCUUGGUGAACUUCUGCCAGAGUCUGAACGAGGCCGUCCUCCGCAUCGUCGCCAUCGUAAUAUGGUACUUCCCAUUUGGCAUCGUGUUCCUGGUGGCCGGUAAGAUCCUGGAGAUGAGCGAUCCGUCCGACAUGGGGAAGAAGCUGGGCUUCUACGCCAUCACCGUGGUGUUUGGUCUGGUGCUGCACGGCCUCUUCAUCCUCCCCGCCAUGUACUUCUUCAUCACCAAGAAGAGCCCCAUCGUCUACAUACGGGGGAUCCUGCAGGCCCUGCUCAUCGCUCUGGCAACCUCCUCCAGCUCAGCCACGCUGCCGAUCACCUUUAAGUGCCUCCUGGAGAACAACCACAUCGACCGCCGCAUCAUCCGCUUCGUGCUCCCCGUGGGCGCCACCAUCAACAUGGACGGCACCGCCCUCUACGAGGCUGUGGCGGCCAUUUUCAUUGCACAGGUCAACAACUACGAGCUGGACUUUGGUCAGAUCAUCACCAUCAGUAUCACAGCCACUGCAGCCAGUAUCGGUGCAGCGGGAAUCCCACAAGCCGGCCUGGUCACCAUGGUGAUCGUGCUAACAUCUGUGGGGCUGCCGACGGAUGACAUCACACUCAUUAUCGCAGUGGACUGGGCUCUCGACAGAUUCCGCACCAUGGUGAACGUGAUGGGAGACGCUCUGGCCACAGGAAUCAUGGCUCACAUCUGCAGGAAAGACUUCCUGCAGGAGGGAGACGGGGUGCCUUUAAUCUGUGAGAGCAAACCUGCGAUGAGCACGCCGCAACUGAUGAACUGUCACAACAACAACAACGGCAGCUACCGUCCCCCGUCCUCGGGGUUCAAACAGGAGCAUGUCCCCCCGGACCUGGCACGACUCAUGCGGCUGGAGGAGGGCGUCCGGCCGCCCGGGAGGAAGAAGCCGCCGGUUCCUCCGAGGCACCUGAAGAAGAACAAAGAACACUGCACCAUCGACAUGAAUGGCCUUGAGACUAGCGUAUAGCCUCCUGCUUACGUCCACCGAGUCGUCAGAGGACAUGUGAUACGACGAGGUCCUGGAACGUUUACACCGGUCUCUGACGACUUUUCAUCGAAGCAGCCGAGUUUUAAUCCGACUGAACGAUGGAAUUUAAGACGCAGAAAGAACG